AUGCUGAUGCCGAUGGUUGAAGCUGUCCCCCUCACGCUUCAUGCUCGUCCCUCCCCUCUCGUGGACGAUGAGGAGCCUGGCUUCCUCCCCUGCCUGCCGCUCAUCAACACCAGGUUCGAGACUCCUCGUCCUCCCCUCCUCCGCUUCCCCUCGCCUCCCUCUCUUCCUCCUCCUCAGCGAUAUCGAUCGUCUUCUCGCAGCCGCGGAGACUCGUGCUCUGCUGGUCAACCUCAGCCUUGUGCCAUGCUGUCGGCAGAGCUGUCGAGGCUGCGAGGGCUGCGGAACCGACAGAUGGGGCUGGAGAUGAGCGUCGGGUCGGAGGCGGGGAGAGAGGUUGUGCUGAGAGUGCUGGCGCUGGGAAGGAGAUAG